ACACCCAAUGAUCAAUCAAAAAAAUCUUCAACUCCUAAUACUCAAAUCAAGCCCAUGUUUGAUCUCGGGCACAAGCCUACAUUUGGGACACUGGGUGAUCAUAAAAAAGAACAUUCAACUCCUGUUGCUUCAACUAAAUCUACGUUCGAACUUACAUUUGGCGACCUGACAAAUAAACCUUCUAACGAACCCGAGUCCAAUAAGCUCACAUUUGGGAUGAUUCCUUCAGCUGCGACUGCACCCGAUAAUCAAAUAAAAAAACCCUCGCCUUCAUCAUCGUCAGCCUCAACUAAACCUGCUUUGAAUUUUGGAACCUCCGUUACAUCCGAUGAUCAAAUAAUAAAGACAACCCCUGCAACUUUAACUAAACCCGCGUUCGCUCCGAAAAGCGAGCCUGCAUUAACUCCCGGCGAUCAAACAAAAAGGGUUUCAACACCUUUCGGCAGAAUUCAAAACUUCGGAACAUCUGGCGAUCAGAUAGCCAGUAACUCGACCAAUCUUCAUUUUGACUUUGGAAACAAAUUCACACAUCCCUCACCCGCGGCAAGUUCUGAGCUUUCCUCAGUUGGUAAAAUUAAAGGAAUCAUUCCUAAAAACGACGAUAAUAGGGUUGAUAAAAAUGAAGACACAUCUAAAACAUUAAACUACGAAACAUCCAAAGCAACUGAAACGGCCGGAUCAACAAAAGGUCAAACCUUGACUGAAUCAAAAACGGAUGAAACUUUGGUUAAAUCAAAUAAGGGUGAAAUCAUGCCCGAAUCAAAGAAAGGUGAGACCGCACUCGGGUCAAAUAAGGAUGAGAUCCCGCUUGGGUCAAAUAAGAAUGACACCACACUCGAUCUAAAGAAGGGUGAGACCACAACCGAGGUAAAUAAGGAUGAUGCCACAGGCGAAGUGAAUAAGGAUGAGAAACCAGCAGGAUUAAAGAAGAAUGAUGUCGCACUCGAAUCAAAGAAAGGUGAGACCGCAAUCGAAUCGACGGAUAGCGAAAACGGAAUUGAACCAAAAAAGGACGGAGUUUUCGAUUUAUCCAAAGGGUCAAAUUUGUCAUCAAUGGUAACGAAUAGUUCGAAGGGAACCAUCGGGGAUGACAAAUCCAAGGAAUUUUCAUUCGUCUUUAGUAACAAUCCACCACAAACUCUCACAUCGAGCCCACUUUCCGGAUCCCCGAUGGAUAUUGAUAUGAACAACGCGAAUAAUCAGGUCUCUGUUCCAUCCACUUUGUCUUUCACCUCGACGCCUUUUGGUCAGAGUUUUGAAGGAAACCUUGGGAAAAAUUUUGCUUUCAGCAGUAACCAAUCAUUCAAUGUUUUCAACCCGGUGGAAAUUUCAUCCUCGACAGAAAUACCGUCAAAUUAUAAUUCUAAGUCUCGAAUGCAGAGCUUCAGGAAACGAGGAGGCAAACGCGCCUAUGAAUCAACCGGUAAUGAAGGACGCAAUGUAUUGUUGGCUCCUAAAACGGCGCCCUCCGAAGGGCAAAGUUCCAAUCUAAUGAUGAUGCCUGGAAGUUCCUCAUUCACUUUUCAAUUGGGUUCUCAAAAAGCCGAAUUACCAACUAUUCCAACUCAACCAACAACGUCACCGGGGAUUUUCAAAUUUUCUAUGCCCGGGAAUCACGAGAUGUCAGACAAUCAAAUCGCAAAUCCAUUUCUCAAAAAUAUAUAA